AUGGAAAGCCAUGGAGAUAUAGCAAGACCCCAACAAGGGGCUCAAGGCAGGAUAAGGGCAGACCAUCUAUGGCAGGAGUUGAGAGAGUUACUUAACUCCAUUGGUGGAGGAGUCAAUAGAUCAAUGGAAAAAUGGAAAAAAGUGUGGGCGGAUUGGAAAGCCAAAACAAAAAAAAAGGCCUUGGCAAUGCGUCGCGAGGCUAGUGGUACUGGUGGUGGUCCAAGCAGCAGACAAACUCUCACAGCUUCGGAACAAAGGGUGUUGGGCAUAAUGGGUUUGUCUGCUGUUUUUGGUCUAGUUGGAAUUGAGGAGAGAGGAUUUGAUGAACCACCACUUCAAGGAAGCCCUCUACCAUCACCAUCCAGAGAUACCGUCCACACUGAAUUUCCCUCCCAAACUGCCGCAGACGAGAUUAUGUUGUAUUCUAUAGAAGCGUCUCCUGCCCCAUCAGCUCAACUGCCAUCUCCCUCUAUACUUUCACGUCUUCCUCCAACCCGAGUGUCAACACCACCGCUCGCCUCUUUUACACGUCCGUCUAAUGACAAAUACCUAAGAAUGUCUAAUUGGUAUUCAUCUGAGCGCGUGUAUACCACGCCGCGGUGGGGAAGAGUUAAUAGCCGGCGCCGCCUUCGCGCCCAGGCAUAUUGUUCCGAGCCGUGCCCGCGAGCGCCGCUGCGCUUACUCACUCCGUCAAUAUUCAAACUAAAGCCGGUGGCUGGGAAGGCAAGAUGUCGGCAUAGC